AGAAAGGACAGGCGAAACCCUGGACCACCAACGGGAAAUUGGCAAUCCGGGGGAGGCUGUCAAUGGGCUGCCAUGGUUCGACAAUACACAAACAGCGGGGGUCGUGGAAACAGGGGAUGCCAGGGUACAAAGCGAGGCGUUGGUGGGCAGCCAUGGGAGAGAGCUGUCGACAAGGUGGCUCAGCUGGCAUUGCCAGGGGCUCCCAUGGGACCGAGAGCUGCCUGAAGCAGAGAGUUAAGGACGCUGAAGGAUGACAAGGGACAGCUGGAGGAGUCUUCACUCUCUGAGCAGACACUAUGGACCGCAGUGAACAAGAUGAAUACUUGGCCCGGGAUCAAAGGCAGACCCCAACCGGCCACACUGGCCAUCACAAAGGGGCGUUGGGCGCUGGCGUGGGGCCAGGUGCUGCACAUGUCCACAUAGCCGGGGACAAGCCAUGCAGAUGGGGCCUGCAGAACCCUUGUCGCCUCCACCCCCACUCCUGUGUACGAGAGGGCACAGAGCUGAGAAAGACCGGCGGGUCUGUGUAGCGGGAAAAGAACCAGCUGAGGUUGGCCUAGCGAGAUUGAAGCGAGACCAAAGAUGCAGGGGAAGGAUCGGCCAGGAACUCCAUUAUCUCUGCAACAAGGAAUGAGAAAUGGAAUUAAAACACCCAAAACAAGGUGGCGGCUAACAUUUUGGAGGAAACAUCAUCAGAGUGGAUCUUACAUGCAGCAGUGGAGUGAAGAGGAGCUGAGAAGCUCCCCCGCUGCUUUUAGAGAGUGAGGAGGAUUAGGCUGGAGCUCAGUGGAGGCACGACGGCACUCUCACACGGCAACCGGAGCUGGAGCCAUGAGCAGGGCGCUUACGGAGCACAUCAGCAGUAGCUUCCGAGAAGAUGCUCCUCGUCCUCCGGUACCGGGGGAGGAGGGAGAGGCGUCAUGCUACAACCCCAGCAGAUCUGCCAAAAUGAGAGCCCAGAGCAAGGUUAAAGAUACCCCCGCCGCCGCCGCGCCUCCCGGCUCCACACCGCGGAGGAACGAGGAUGGUCUCGGGGAGCCAGAGGGCAGCGCGUCCCCGGACUCGCCCCUAGUCCGGUGGACAAAGUCUCUGCAUUUUCUUCUGGGCGACCAAGACGGCGCUCACCUCUUCAGGACCUUCUUGGAGCGGGAGAAUUGCGUGGACACUUUGGACUUUUGGUUCGCCUGCAACGGCUUCAGGCAAAUGGACUUAAAGGAUACCAAAACGUUGCGAGUUGCCAAAGUUAUUUUCAAGCGGUACAUCGAGAACAACAGCAUUGUCGCCAAGCAGCUGAAACCCGCCACCAAGACCUUCAUAAGGGAUAGUAUUAAGAAACAACAAAUAGACUCUGCCAUGUUUGACCAGGCGCAGACGGAAAUUCAGUCCAACAUGGAAGAGAAUGCAUACCAGAUGUUUUUGACCUCUGACAUAUACCUCGAAUAUGUGCGCACGGGCUGCGAGAACGCGGCGUACAUGAACCACGGCAGUCUCGGCAGCCUCAAGCUGAUGUGCGGAUACCUUCCUCCUCUCAUGGAGGAAGAGGAGUGGAGUUGUAAUGACCUGAAGGCAAAAGCAUUAGGGUCUGUGGUUGGACUGUCUGCGAAAACCCUGAGGGCUACUGCUACCAUCCGGACAGCAGCUGAAGUGCUGGAGAACAGUUGCAGGUCCCACCGUCGAGGAGACCCUGCCAGUCCCUACUUUGUCAACUCUGGCUACAUUUUUGCCCCUGCCACCAGUGCCAAUGACAGCGAGAUCUCCAGUGAUGCCACGACAGAUGAUUCCAUGUCCAUGACAGACAGUAGCGUAGAUGGAAUCCCUCCAUACAAACUGGGCACAAAGAAGCAGCUCCAGCGAGAGAUGCAUCGCAGUGUCAAGAUCAAUGGCCAGAUAACGCUACCCCACUUUCCUAGGACACACCGGCUGCCUAAGGAGAUGACCCCCGUUGAGCCCUCAGCCUUUGCUGCCCAGCUCAUAGCCCGGCUGGAGAAGCUGAAGCGAGAGCAGGACACUAUGAGCUCUUUGGAGGAGAGGCUCCAGCAGAUUCAGGAGGAGGAGGAACGGGAGGAGAGCGGCGACCCUGCCAGCAGCACCUCCUUGACUCACCCUUUGCUCCCGUCUGGCAGCCAAUGCGAGGAAGACCCCCAGGCUAUCCUGGACGAGCACCUAUCCCGUGUCCUGAAGACACCUGGCUGCCAGUCACCAGGUGUGGUUCGGCACUCACCGCGCUCUAGCUCCCCGGAUCGGACGGGUGCAGUGGUGUCCUCUGGCCACGGGCCCUUCUUUGGUGCUUAUCCUGGGGCCGCUAAGGUUCUGAUGACAGGCAGGCCAUCCACAAAGCACAUCCACCACCACUACAUCCACCAUCACCACGCUGGGCCCAAGACCAAGGAGCAGAUCGAGGCCGAGGCGGCUCAGCGUGUGCAGUGCCUCUGCCCUCCAGGGGGCGCCAAUUAUUCCGACUUCACCCCUGCUCGCUGCAGCACUUUGUCCAGACGGCCAGUCAAGGCCACCGAUGAGGGCGUGUCUUCACCGCGCCUUCCCCUAGAUGCCACCGACCGCUCUCAGAAUGUUUGGCAGUGGAUCCUAGAGAGUGAGAGGCAGGGCAAGCACAAGCCAAACAGCACUCAAGGCCUAAAGAAGUCCAACCCGCUCGACUCCAAGACUCUGUCCAGUCGGACUCACUCCUCUUGGGGUGGUGGUGGCAUUGGCAGUGGGGCUCACCUCCGUGGCCACCACCCAGGCCAUCCAUUCAUCCAGGACCCGGCCAUGCCACCCUUGCCCCCGCCUAACACCCUGGCACAGCUGGAGGAGGCCUGCCGCAGACUAGAAGAGGUCUCCAAGCCGCCAAAACAGAGGCAAUCAACAGCAGCCAGCAGCCUUCAGAGAGACAGGAGCCAUCCAGCAGCUACCUUCCCCACUGGAGGCAGUCCUCUAGCCAGCCCCGGACUCCAAACAGACGAGUCGAAGGAGCUAGUGGUCACCUACUUCUUCUGUGGUGAGGAGAUCCCUUAUCGCAGCAUGAUGAAGACCCACUGCCUCACCCUGGGACACUUCAAGGAACAGCUUAGCAAGAAAGGCAACUACCGGUACUACUUCAAGAAAGCCAGUGAUGAGUUUGAGUGUGGUGCCGUGUUCGAGGAGGUGUGGGAGGAUGCCACCGUGUUGCCCAUGUACGAGGGCAAGGUCCUGGGCAAGGUGGAGAGGAUGGACUAAAAGCCACUUUGUUGCCAACCAACCGAUGCCCUUCCCCGCCCAACCAAAAGCUAAACUGUCCCUAAAAAAACUUGAGCGAGAGACUCUUUGUAAUUAACAAACACUCUGGACUCCUUUUUUGUUUUGAUUUUUUUUUUUCUAUUUCUUAAUAUUAAGCUAAACAGAGUUAAUAUAUCCAGCACAAGAGGAGUGAUUGAAGGAAGACGAGCCAAUGAAGUAUGCCGAACCCAGAGGAGGUGCCGCCCCUCCCUGACUUUAUCAACCAAUCAGCCUUAGAAACACAAGGGAAUGACACGAGAGACUUUAAAAGACCAAUACAAGGAUGAUAUUGAUGAUGAUGAUUGGAGGCCAGUGGGGGGGAGACCCCGCCUCUUCUUGAAUAUAACCACUGAAGAUGUAGAUGACUGUUUUGUUGUGAUGUAAUGAGAGACUGAUGGUGCGUUCACGCCGGCUUCCCCGGCCGAGUGCAAUGGACUAGCGGGCGCUGAAUACAGUGCCACCAACCUGCUCUUAAUGUUACACUCCAACAUCGUUACAAAAACGUCUGUACAUGUGCAUAUACAUACGUGCAUAUAUGUAUAUAUACAUGUAUUAUAUAUAUAGAUGCUUUUUGUCAUGAGUUGAAAGUUUUUAUUAAGUAUUUAUUGAAAAAAAAACAACCCACUCUUUUCCCUGUUGUCCCUUCUAAGUCUUCUUAAACCUGUGUCCCCUCCCCCUCCCUAUUUCCAGCCAAUGGGCAAGCUGCUUUGAAUGUUGGGAGAAAACUUUGGUGAUAUUGUUUAGUGUUUGUUUAUGUUUGUUUUUACUUUACACAAAGGACGUGACACUAGCCUAGCACCUCCCAUAGCCUUGUAGCCCCGUCUGACCCAAACUAACAACCUUAGCAGUGGUCUUUUCCGAGGCGCACUCCCUCCACUAUUCUAAUGGUCAAUCCCAGUCUUAUAUGCUGCUGAUAGUUUGUAAUGUUAAGUUUGUCACACUAGUAUUUACACUCCCUCGUUCGUUCUCCCCCUCCCUCUCUAUUUCUCUCAGUCCGGGGACAGAGCUCAAUCUUUUUUGUUGUGCCUUUGUUUGUAAACCAGGCAUUGCACAGGGGGGAAUGGAAACAGUUGCAGAUACACACAGAGAGGAGACCUGGAGCACAAGUUGUACCAUCUAAUAAUGGCAGUGUUUACAGCCCGCACACCAAAAUAACUUGCGCUAACAAGAACCAGUUUGGGUCACUGAGAACGACUUCUUGAGGAAGUCAGCUAGCGUGUCAAAAAACACAAAAAAGAGAGAAAAAAAAAGUGAACAUUGAAGAAUUAUGGCUCCGAUAUCCUUUGAAUGUUGUUACAGUAACAUCGUAUAUAGCAGAGCUCCUGUAUACAUUGUAAUUAUGCAUUCUGAAGUAUGGAUACUGACACAUGUGAUGCACACGUAGAGUACACACACACACACAAACAGUACACACACACAAACAGUACACACACACUAUCGCUGGUGUUUUAUGAGUACAGCACCUGUGCCUACAUGGAUGCCAUACCAUGUGCUACCCUGUUUCAGGGUUUUAAUAUAUAUCCCUUGGUUUUCAGAAGGGUUUUAUGUUGAAAAGAUAUUUUUAUGCUUUUAAUAAUAUCCUGUAAUCAUGUUUUUUUUUUUUUUUUUUUUACACCACAGCAUUUUGUUUUGUUUUGUUUCAUUCUAUCUAAACUGUAAAUUAUACAUUAUAUAAAGAGUUUCAUUUAAAGAUUUACAUGGACCUAUAAUUAUUGUAAUUAUUGAGAGAUGUAGCCUUUAUUAAAGUUUUAUAUUUUUCAAAUGAAA